CCCAUUCUGGCUCCUCCUCCCUCGCAACGUGGCACUCAUGCUGGGCUACGUCGCGCCACCUCUCUCUCUCUCUCUCUCUCUCUCUCUCCAUUUGAUACAAAUAUCUCUCUUGUUCUGGAUGUGCUCGUCGAAGCUACCGUCUCCGCCGAUAACGGAACCACCACCAGCAGAAGGUCUGUUUAUCUCUCCGGCCCAAAAAGUAUCAAUAUGAUUGGGGAAAUAUUACAUUCUACUGUCAACAUUUGAUCAAUCAACUUGUGGACAUGUAAUUUGCAGAAAUUACUAAUUUUGGCGAUAAUGAUGGAUCUGACGGCAGUGUUUCUUGAAUUAGUGGCUACUAUAAUAAUUUUGGUUGCAAAGCCUUUUUCAUUGCUUAAGUUGUCCUGUAUAUUUGGUUUAAGAAGCCUUUGGAUUGUUAUUCACACAUGGGUGGAGCUGUUGAGAGCUGCUGUCUUGUUUCAUGUAAAUAUACUAUGGAGGUUUAUGGUUUGGGGUUUUGCUCUCAUAUCUCUUCCUGUACGAGUUUUGACUGCAUUACAAAGGGAGAGGAUGCUGCUAAUGCAUCUGCAUGAGCUGCAGAUUGAGUUGGAAAAUCAUGUGUGGAACAGGAAGGAACUUGAAAGGCGUCUGCAGAUGGCCAUUAAAGAAGGCAGAAUGAUGGAAGGAAUGCUAGCAGAAAUGGAAGACGAACAUGAUGAGGCCAUUGUCAAAAUUGAACUGUUACAAAGCCAGUUGCAGGUUGCAAAGGAAGAGAAUCUUCGGCUGAAGGAGAUUCAGGUUAAGGGACUGUACAACUUCCAAAGUCACGAUAACACAUCGAAAGACAAUGAUGUUGGUGAAAAGUUUGGGAUUUCCUGGAAAUCCAGUUUUAAUGAGGGUGGUAUUAUCCUUCAAGACCUGAUGCACAAAGAUACUUGGCAGGACAGUAAAAAAAGUAAGAUUGAGUCGGUUGAUUGCACGCUAGCUCGAGCUGGAACGAAAGCCAGUGAGCCUAGACAAAUGGACAUGGGUGAAGUCACUCUGGGGCUAUGCCAGCAGAGGGAGGUUGCACUACUACAGAGUCUUUUCAGUGCAGUACUGUCGAUGAUAGUGGGGAUGAUUAUCUGGGAGGCUGAAGACCCUUGCAUGCCUCUUGUAGUAGCUCUCUUCAUGGUCGUUGGCAUGUCGCUGAAGAGUGUGGUACAGUUUUUCUCCACCAUUAGGAACAAACCUGCCUCCGAUGCAGUCGCUCUUUUAAGCUUCAAUUGCUUUAUGCUUGGCGCGCUGACAUAUCCUACGCUCCCGAGGAUCGCCUGUAGGUUUGGUUUUUGGCGUGGGCAGUAGAGUAAGCAGCUGGCUUCGGCUUCUUUAAGACGUUCUCCAACUUUAACAUCCAGCCAGCCAUGUAUGACAUACAGUACCUUUGUAAAAAGGGGGUGUGCUUGCCUGCUCUUAUCUGUUUUGGAAAUUUUCCCAGCUUGUACAUGAAUGUAAUUGUAGGGCCUUGUGAAGUUAAAAGUUUUUGAGUUUUCCUGAAGGGCGGGUGGUGGUGGAGGUAAUUUAUUGAUUUGUUUCAGUUAGUGUCGUCGACCAUUUAAAGGGUGCCACUUCUAAAGAUGGCAUCAUGCAAAGAGUCAAUUGCCUGCCUUUCUUUCUUUCUUUUUUUCUAAUUAUUCUUUUAAUUGUUGGGAUUACUUUCUCACUCAUUGUGAGUGGUCUCUCAACUUUUAAUUUAGUACACUAUAGCACCUUGCCAUUUUGGGUGUGUAAUUGCUUUGGAAAUUCAAAGUUCUUUUUAAAUUCUAUGUACACCCACAAA